AUGAUGACCGACACGGAGCCCGAAAAGGCGACCCCUCCCCGGGCGCCCUCCCCCUCCGCGCCAGCACCCACCACCAACCCCCCCAACACCAACACCAAUACCACCAACCUCCACAAGCCCACCACCAACGACCCCUUCACCUCCACCACCGCCGGCCUCGACUCCACCACCGUCACCUACCCCACAGGCCCCAAACUAAUCCUGAUCAUCGCCUCGCUCUGCCUCGCCGUCUUCCUCGUCGCGCUGGACCAAACCAUCAUCGCGCCGGCGCUCGGCGCCAUCACCAGCGAGUUCGGCUCCGUGGCCGACAUCGGCUGGUACGGCGCCGCCUACCUGCUGACCACCACGGCGCUGCAGCCUGCGUACGGGUCCCUCUACCGCAUGUUCAGCGUGAAGUGGACGUAUCUGGCGGCCGUGGCCGUGUUUGAGGUGGGCAGUCUGGUGUGUGCGGUCGCGCCGUCGAGUAAUGCGUUUAUUGUGGGGAGGGCGAUCGCGGGCAUGGGCACGGCGGGGUUGUUUUCUGGGGGGGUGGUGAUACUGUCGUAUACGUUGCCGUUGAGGCAGCGGCCGAUGGCGUUUGGGUUGAUUGGGGCGAUGUGGGGGAUUGCGAGCGUGGCUGGGCCGUUGUUGGGGGGCGCGUUUACGGACCAUGUUACGUGGCGGUGGUGUUUUUAUAUUAACCUGCCGAUUGGGGGGGCGGCGAUGUUGGCGAUCUUUUUGUUUUUGAGUAUUGAUCAGAAGCGGAACGAGGGGGGGUUGACGGUGGUGCAGAGGAUUUUGAGCUUGGAUUUGCUGGGCACGGCGAUGCUGGUGCCGUCGAUUGUGUGUCUGCUGCUGGCGUUGCAGUGGGGGGGAACGGAGUAUGCGUGGAACAGCUCUGUGAUAAUCGGCUUGUUUGUCGGCUUCGCGCUGAUGGCCAUCAUCUUCGUUGGAAUUCAGAUUUGGAAGGGGGACAAGGGCACGCUGCCGCCGCGCCUGUUUAAGAGCCGGGACGUGGUUUGCGCCAUGCUCUUUGCCUUCUUCUUUGGCGCCGCCUUCUUCCCCCUAGUCUACUACCUGUCCCUCUAUUUCCAAGCCAUCCAAGGUGACACUGCCGUUGAGGCCGGUAUCAAGCUCCUCCCUAUGCUGAUCGCCGUCGUCAUCACCUCGGUUGCUGCAGGCGGUCUAAUCACCGCCGUGGGGUAUUACAACCCCUUCGUGCUGCCGUCCAUGGUCCUCCUGACCGUCGGCGCCGGCAUGAUCACAACCUUCUCCCUGGACAGCCCACUACGCAUCUGGUUCGGCUACCAAGUCAUCGCCGGUAAAGUCGACGCCCUUUCUCCCCCCUUCACCACCCACCUCACUAACCCCCCCACCCUUCCAGGCCUCGGCAUCGGCGUGGGUUUCCAAACCGGCGUGCUCGUCGUGCAAAACAGCGUGCCCCACGAAUGGAUCCCGCAAGCGACCGCCUGCGUACAAUUCUUCCAAUCCAUGGGCGGGGCGAUCUUCAUCGCCGUGGCGCAGGCCGUGUUCCAGAACGGCCUGACCACCGGCAUCGAGCGGGACGCACCUAACCUACCAGCACAGGCGUUCAUCCACAGCGGGGCGUCCGAGAUCCCGCAGGUGCUGGCGGCGAUGGGGGCCGCGGACAGCCUGCCGGCGGUGCUGGCGGCGUAUCUGCAGGGCCUGCGCAACUCGUAUUUCAUCACGGUCGGGUGUGCGGCGGCCGCCUUUGUGGCGGCGUGUGGGCUGAGCUGGAAGAAGAUCCAGAAGCGGAAGGCAGCGGGGCCGGGGGAGGGGGAGGCGGAGAAGGGGGGGGCGGAUGGGGAGGGGGAGGGGGGUGAAGAAGGGGAGGGGGAAGGGGUUGUUGUUGGCGAAAGCUCAAAGUAG